GGCGGAUGUGGCGUGCCGUUGUUACGAAUCAUAGUUGACGGUGGCUACGAAGGUCUUGUCCACACCGCUGAUAGCGUAACAAGCGGAAUACCCGUUGUUAUUUGCACGAAUACCGAGCAAAUUCGCAACAUCAUUGACAAGGCCGCCCACUACUGGACGAGCAACAAAACUUCUGGGGGAUUUAAUGACAAGCAAGCGGCGAUUCUCAAGGAAAUGCUCACUGGACUGUUGAGGAGUGAAGCAGGUGGCAAGGAUGCCGAAUGGACUGCGGAAACGGGUAUCAGUCUUCUUGAAUCCAUCAUGGAACACGAGAACUUGGUGAGUUGUUUCGUCCUCGACGAAAUGAGCAGUGGCGAUACCUUCGACAAGGCGAUUCUCUACGCACUCAUCAAAAGCUCAACGACGGAUCCCAAUGAUCAACUUCUGAUUGCCCUGAAGUUCGGCCGCAUCGAUGUGGUCCAGGAAGAGAUUCUGUCGAAAGGCGUAAAUUACCUCAAGUCGAGGAUGCGACCCAGUAAGCUUUCAAUGAAGUCAAAGGAGGAGAAAACUCGCAGAUUAAAAGCCAUCAUGUCUACGGCUUUGCUAGAAGAUCGAACGGAAUUUGUGCAAUUCCUGAUCGACCUAGAAUUGGUUAAAAUGCAAACCUACCUGGACGUGGGCACCCUUAACUGGUUGUACAACAAUGUGGAUGACGCGUCCAUCUUAAAGACGACUCUAAACUACUAUGGAGUCGUCAUAAAGCAGUCGCCGCCGAGUUUGAUCGGGGCUGCACUCAUGGCCACCACGGCCAAUGUCCUGUCCAUGGACACGGAGACGGCUGGCGAGGCUAACAGAGUGCUCGAAAUGCUUCUCCAACGAGGUCGCGUACGAGCAAAACGCGAUUGGACGAAUCUGCCGACGAUUAGUGAACUCUUGUUGAAGAUGCUCGGGUCAUUCAGUAGCAUUCACUAUGCAGAAGUCACAGAGUUGUUCAUCUGGGCGGUUCUCAACAACCGGAACGCACUGGCUAUGCUAUUCUGGCGGUACGCUGAUGAUGCGGUGCCGCUCGGCCUGAUUGGCUGCAAUCUUUAUCAUAAGAUAGCGCGAGCUCUGCCGACCUAUGACACAGAGGGGCAGAUUAUGCUGACCAAUCAGAAAAGUUACCUUGAACAGACAUCCAAGGAAAUGAUCGAACUGUGCUACUCAAAGUCAAAUCGCAAUCGCCAAUUUCCACUCUGCCAUGCAAUUUACCGACCUCAGAGUGGUAAGACAAAUCGUGCAUGA